AUGGUUAAUGUUUCUAAAGAAUUAUUGGAUAAAUUUUAUGAUCUUGCUGAUUUCGAUCAAGAUAACCGUCAUAAUGCUGUGAUUGCGAUUUUGGAUGAAUUUGAACAGAAUGGUUCAUAUUUGAUGGAAAGAUUGAUUUCUGGAUUAGCUUCAUCACGUGCUGCUGCACGUCUCGGUUAUACAAAUGCACUUACCAUUAUUCUUUCUUCAUUUGGAAAAGAUUGGCCGGUUGAAAUGUUAUUUGAAUUGGCCGAUCAGAAGUUGCCGUUAAAUAAAGCAGAAAGUCCUGGUUCUGUAUUGGGUCAACAUUUAUUACAUCUUGCAAUGGUGAACAGCGAUGCAUAUGAUGAGGCUUUAUUUGAAAUAGGAAGGCGAGAAAUGAGCUUGGCAGAGAAGCAAAGUGCAUUGGCAUAUUCCAUAGCUAAUUUAUUAGCUCAAUGUGCAAAUAAAUUGCGUGGAAAGAGAUUUGCAAAGAAUUUUUGGCCCCUUGUGAAAAAUGAAGUUACGAAACCUCUAGAUUCAAUUAAUCCGGAAUGGUUCUACUUUGCCCUGCUUGUUAUGGAGAAGCAUAGUGAUACGUUGAAAGCUGAGGUGUCAUUUUUGUCAACCAGCGGAAAGCUAAAUAUUUCCGAUGAAGACUGUGAUGCAGUUAUCAACAUUUUAAAGAAAGCAAGUGGCUUUGCUGAGAACGAAUUAAUAUCAAAAUUAUUAAUUCUCGCGAGGAUAUCGAGGAAUUUCGAAACUGUUUAUAGUAAAGUUGUCGAAAAAUGGUUGUAUCAUGGCGAUUUACACAGAGUCAUAUCGCGCGCUCUACCAUUUAUUAAUACGAUGCUACAACAAAUAGAUUUUGAAAGUGAUGAGUUAGUGGCUGUGUUUUCUCCCGAAUUUGUGCAGUUGUUAAGAUCGAUACGAAAGAGCAACGAAUUUCGUUUCUUAUUCUCCAUGAUUGAGGCUAUUCUUCUUGUUCUUAAAGAGUCGCUUACUUCGAAAGAGUGGACGUCAGCUAACAUUGCUAAAUUACUUGACAAUUUCGAUCGCGUUGGAGAUGGAAAUUUUGAUGAAUUUAUCGGCGGAAAUGUUAAAAUCACAGAAAAGAUUCUACUGCAAUUACAUAGUGAUGCCCACGACAUAAUCCUUGAGGCUCUGAAAGGAGGUGGUUGGAGAUUAAGACGGAUAACAAAUGUAUUUCUGCAUUGGCCAAUAAACAUCCAGGAAAGUGUCUUGAAACUAUUAUUUAAACACGGAAAGUGGACAGAGGAAAUGCGCAAUGCUUUUUGUUCAUCAAUUGCUUCCUUAUUCAUUGUCAGUGUAAGGGCAGGCAGAAAUGUGACUGCGAUUUAUAAAGAAGAACACAAAAAGUUCUUACAAAAAUUAAGCAAAAAACAGGACACAGGAAUUAAGUUGCCUAUGAUUAGCGGACCUUUAUCCAUUUUUAUGAAUAUGCUUACACUUUGGAUAGCUGCAACAUCUGAUUCGAAUGAGCGUCAUGCAUAUUUAAAAGAUCUUGCGGAGAUAGCAGCAGUUGGUGAAAAAAUGGCUGAAAACGACAAUAGUAAUAAUGUGGCGGUUCUAAAUGAUAUAUUGCUUUCUUUAUUAAGUCGUCCACAUCGAUAUCAUCGUUCAGUCAUUCAUUAUGUCUUUGCUUCGUUUGUUCCACAGAUGAAACUAGAAAAUCUUCUACAGAUUCUUGAGACUGUCAAUCUCAGCAAUGAAGAAUUAAUGCAAGAAAGCAAUGUAAGCGAAAGCGAUGAUGAGGAAGAUGAAGAUGAGGAUGGUGUUGGGGAUUCUGAACAAACUAGUGGAGAAAGCAGUGAAAUCAAUAAUAAUGACGAUAUUACGAAUGAACAUGAAGAGACAGAUGAAUCUGAAUUUGAAGACGAAGAUGAAGGAGAAACUGAAGUUGAUCAUGAAUUUGUCAAUAACCUGAAAAAAGCACUUGGUUCUGCUGCUGCUCAUUCAGAUGAUGGCAGUGACAAGGACAGCGUAUCAUCCACAGUAAGUGAUGAAACAAUGUUUCGCCUGGAUGAAGGCCUAGCAGCUGUAUUUCGUAAAAGGAUGAAAAAUUCGCGAACUCUAAGUGCAUUCUUAGUAGAACAGGCUCAACAGUUUCGUGCUAAAUGUUUUGAUUUAUUAUUGAUAGCGGUAUCUCAUCAGGAUGCAGCAUACACAACAGUGGAUCUUAUUUUACCUUUAAUUGAGUGUGCUCAACAAGCUCUACGUAGAAAAGACGGUGAAUUAACUUUCAAAAAAGCAACAAACUUGUUGGAAAUUAUUAUAAAGCAUAAAAAGAGUGAGUUAAAUGAAAAGAAUGCUGUCAAACUAUUGGAUGAACUUGUUCUGAAGACAUCACAAACUGUAAAUCCUGUUAUGAGGAAUAUCCUUGGCAGUGUUGCGAGUUUUUUAUUCUCAGGCUGUUAUGAUGCAAAAGAAAAUAAUGUUGCGGAGAAUAUGCGCACAAAAGUAAUCACAUUGUUGGAAAAAUACAUGAAUGAUAACAAAAAUCAAAUAUUAAGCGAAAUUGUCACUGCUCCUUUUAUUAAGUAUCCGCAUGCUUUGUUAAGCGAACUUCCACGAAUCAUCGAUUUUGCCUUUAAUGAAAAUAUUCGAACAUUUCAAAGAAUUGAAGCUCUAUCUUGCACAGUGGCCUUUUUGCGGAAGGAUUUGGUGAAGAAUGAGCAGCCUGAUCGGCAAAAGAUAUGGAAAAAAAUUGCCAAAUGUUUAUGCUCUUUUGCGAGCAGAUUCUUCUCAAAUUUAAAUUUUGAUAAUUCAAAACCUCGAUUUUUUGCAUAUUUGGUUCGAGUUCUUACCUCCUUUAUUUCAAUUAGCGAAGAAUCAAGCAAACAAUGCUUACAAGAAUCUUUGACUGAAGUAUUAAAAGAAUUGUGCAACAACACUGAAUUUUGGAAAGCAAGCGAUAGACUUAAACGUUUUAAUACUGCCUCGCAAAGUAUUUGUGGUCGAAAGGCUUUAGCAUCACUCAAACACUUGCUUAGCAUUUUGGAACCAUAA